CCUCCCCCGCAGCUCCCGUCCCCCCGCGCUGGCGAGUGGCUGGUGCGGGACAGAGAGUCCCGGGAUGAGCCUCAGCCCCGGGGAGGGACGCGGCGCUGGGGCAGAGACCGGGCUCGGCCCGGGGCAAUCCCAGCCGGAGCGGAGCUGAGAGGGGGAAGGUUCCAAACGCCGCCCGCGGGCGCAGGGCGCUUUGGCAGGGCGCUGGGGGCGCGGCCCCGGGGAAGGCGCCUGCGGGGCUUGGCCGAUAGGGGAAGGGUAACCGCAGCAGGCAGCGAGCGGAGCGGGACCCUGCCCACGGGGGCGCCCGGCUGCAGCCUCGGGACCAGGAGCGGAGGCCAGGCUGUAGCUGCAGAGAUGUCGGUGUCCUGGAUCCCGAUGCCCAUGCCGAGGCUCCAGGCAGCAGGGAUUCCAGCUCCCCGGCCCAGACUCGGCAGAUAAAGCUGCUGAGAUUGGGAGCUUCAAGGAUCCCCUGUUGCGGAUCAGGGCUCUCUGCCCUGCAGACCAGGCCCGGUGCGGGAGGUGCAUGGAGGCUGGAGAAGCGCCUCUGCCCGGCAAACACCCCAUGGAGCAGCAGCGCCGCCCAGAGCUCAGGCGAGAGACGACAGCAUCCCCCAUCUUGGCACAGGUGGUACUGAUGCUCUUGCUGCAAGCACUGUCCACCAGUGCCCGUCCUGUGCCCACCCCAGCAGAUGAGAGCGAGGAGGUUGUGGCCUGGCUGAUGCAGUAUGGCUACCUCCCCGCCGCCGAUCCCAUCACCGGCCAGCUCCAGACAUGGGAAGCGGUGACCAGCGCCAUCCGGGUGAUGCAGCGCUUUGCGGGCAUCCCUGAGACUGGGAUCCCAGACGAUGCCACGCUGGGGCUGAUCCGGAUGCCACGCUGCUCGCUGCCUGACGUGCUCCCGGAAAAGCUGCCCGAGAGGAAGAAUGGGAGGCUGUGGCGGAAGAGGAGGAAAAGUCGGGGCAGGCGGAGCGCAGGCCUGGCUUGGACCAAGAGGAACAUCUCCUGGAAGGUGAAGACGUACCCGCGGGAGGCACGGCUCAGCCGGGAGACCAUCCGUGUUCUCAUGCACUACGCGCUGAAGGUGUGGAGUGAGGCCACCCCGCUCACCUUCCACGAGGUGGGCGGGCCCAGAGCUGACGUCUCGGUGGAGUUCCUGCACCUGGACCACCAGGACGGCUACCCUUUCGAUGGGCCGGGGGGCAUGGUGGCCCACGCCUUCUUCCCCGGGGACCCCCAGCGCGCCGGCCACGUGCACUUCGACAGCGAUGAAGACUGGACCUUCCGCUCUCCAGAUGACUAUGGGACAGAUCUCUUUGCUGUGGCCGUGCACGAGUUUGGUCACAGCCUGGGCCUGGCGCACUCGCCCUCCAAGCGCUCCAUCAUGCGCCCGUAUUACCAGGGCCCAGUGGGCGACCCGCUGCAGUACCAGCUGCAGGCUGAUGACCGCAUGGACAUCCAGAGGCUCUACGGGAGCCGUGUUCUGCAUUCCACAGAGAAGCCAGAGGCAUCGUCGCUGCUCCCGGACCCGCCAUCCCUGCCCCACGACUUCCCUGCCUUGAGGUCGGAGAAGGAGUUCCCGGAUCGCUGCUCCUCCAGCAUUGAUGCCGUCGCCCAGAUCCGCGGGGAAACCUUCUUUUUCAAAGGUCAGUACUUCUGGCGUCUGACCCACGGCCGGCACCUCACUUCCCUGCGCCCCGCCCUGAGUGCGGCUUUCUGGCGAGGCCUGCCCCGCAGCCUGGGCAAAGUGGACGCUGUUUACGAGAGGCACACGGACCAUCGGAUCCUCUUCUUCAGUGGGCCCCUCUACUGGGUGUUUAAGGACAACGGUGUGGAGGAAGGGUAUCCGCGCCCCGUCACGGACUUCGGCCUGCCCCAGGGGGGAGUGGACGCCGCCUUCUCGUGGCCUCACGACCGGAAAACUUACUUCUUCAAGGGCGGGCUGCAGUGGUCCUACGACGAGGCUGCGGGGCGCAUGGACGAGGGGUCUCCCACCCACACCGUGCUCGGGGGGCAGCUCCCCACCCCUGUGGACAACAUGCUGAGUGGGAGUGACGGAGAGGUCUACGCCUUCAAGGGCAGGCAGUACUGGAAGUUGGAGCGGCACAGCCUCAAGCUGGAGACGGGUUACCCUCGCUCUAUUGCCAGGGACUGGCUGGACUGCACGGGGGAGCUCUACCCACCGCUGAGUGCCCCCACCAGUCCCCCCACGGGAGCCAAGCUGCAGCCGGACUGGCGGGGCCCCCCGCUGGAGGUGGAGCGUUGCGUUUGCCCCAGCUCGGCCUCACCUGCCACGCUCGGUUGGACGCUGGCAGCGCUGCUGCUGCUGCUGCGGGGGCUUGGCUAGGCUGCCAGCCGGGGCCGCUCACGCCCUGCAGACUAACUCUGGAGGCAGCAGGCCAGGCCAGGGUGCUGAUGGGGGACCCCUCAUCCCAGAAAGGUCGGCCCUGCAGGCUGGGUACCAGUGCAGGGAAUCUGCAGAGGUUUGAGGCCUGGGCACCCUGAAUACCCACGAGUCAGGGCUUUCCCAGGGACAACCCGCAGUGCUCUGUCUGUGGGCAGCGGCAUGGGACGGGUCCCCACGUGAGUGGCCAGGAUGGGCUUGGCCAGCCUGUCCUGUGCUCGCUAACUGUCUGCUGGGGCAGGAGCAUAGGCCACCUCCUUUCGCUUCGGGAAAGGGACAAGCACUAACGGCCUCCAGCCCCCCAUGGCUGGGCAGGAGGGCGCUUGGAUGGGCCAGCGCCAGCCAGGGCCUGGCCUCAGUGCCAUGGCCCUGUGUCCUGCGGGUGUCAGGGGGCCGGGUGAUGGGCCCUCCGUGAUCCACUUGCUAUGAUGCCAGCUCUUGCCGCGGGGCACCAGCUCUCUGUCACCCUGACUUCCCCCUCCAUUACCCCAGCGCUGUCCCCUCAACUUCUGUGUCCCCAUCUCCCUGACCCCCCACCCCCACUCUCUGACGAUUGCCCCAGCUCCUCCCCUCUACACUCCACCUUGCCUCAGGUCCCUCCAGCGCUGACAUGGGCGGGGGAGAGGAGCAGGAGGGGAGGGAAGGGGUGGAUGCUCCACUCCAUCUUAGCAUGCAGACCAGGAAGCUAAAUUAUAUGCCAGGUGCCCCGGGGCCUGGGCCUGCCCCACGUCCUGCCAGCUCCCAGCCAGCCCUGUGCUCUGGUGGUGGCGGUCAGCACCCAGGGGCCAUGUCCCCCCGGCAGCGAGAGAAAGUCCUGCCCCACGAGCACUGCUAGCCCCCUCCUCCCUUCCCUCCCGCUUCCUCUGGGGCCUUCUCCGAGUCCCAUGAAGCUGUUGGCCCCACUGUGGUGCUGGGCAAACAGCCCCACUGUGCCCAAAUGACCCAGGAGCCCCGAGCAGCCGCUGCCGCCUGGCCCUUCACCCUGCUGCCCAAAGGGGAUUUCCUUCCCCUGGCCCUCCUGUGAGGUGGCAGGUCAAAGGGGCCCCGGGGACUGUAUCUGCUCAGUGCUUCUCUUGCCCGGCCCGAGCCCUGCUGGGCCAGUGCGUUCACACCCCCGUCCACAUCCCCGGGGCCGGAGGCUGGCCACAGCCGCGUGAGGCCCAGAGAGGGAGCAGCCUCCAGCCAGCACUUCUGUUAGAACCAGGCUUGUGCCCCAGGCUAUGAGUCCCUGGCCCCAUAGCAAGGCUCCCCACUCUGAAGCACUGGCCCUGUUCAGAGAGAGGCCCCCAGGCUGCAAGGGGCAGCUCUAGAGCAGGGAGCCCUAUGGCCUCCGAUCGCUGGCU